AUGAGCGAGGAGGAAGACUUUUUGCAGAAAAUAAGGCUGGGGUUUGAAGAACUCUGUCGAGCUUUGAAUAUGGACGAGAAGGCGAGCAACGAAGCAUGGAGGAGCUACAAAAGCAUAAGCACAAAUUACACAUUAGAGGUAGGUCUAAAUAUGUCUGUUGUAUUGUAUAUUGUACAGUAAGUUAUAAUUUUUCCUAUUUUGGCAACCGGUUUACCUGUAGUUCACGUGCAGAAUAGUGUGAGUCCUUCCACCUUAUAUGACCCACAUGUUAAGUCGUGACAUUUUCUAUUUAAAGAUGCAGCUUCUAAUAUUUUUGUAAAUUUGCAUAAAUAUAUCAUAAAACGGCAUCAUUGGUAAUAUCUUUCUAUGGAAAGGGGAGGAGUUUGCCGGUGUUUGUCAGGUUGGGAGGCGGACCAAUCUCAGGGUCUAGAAUAGGACUAGGUUAGGACUAGGUUGCUUACUCAUAAUACUGAAUAUGAUCAAACUUUUAACAUUAUUCUGUUUUUAGCCUAUUAUGUUGUUGAAAUGUUCAAUAAUAUAUUGUUAUAAUAUAGUCUGCAACCUCUAAAUUCAAAUGAUAGUGUGCAUUUUACAUUGGCCUAAUUUACAAAUGUCCGUAGGGAUAUGCAGUGGUGUGCCUAUUUCAUGUUUCAACGUUUUAUUGUCACAUGCACAGGAAACAGCAGGUGUACAGUACAGUGAAAUGCUUUACUUGCGAACUCUUUCUCUACAAUGCAGAAUAAAGGUAAUAGUAUAGAUCAGAUGAAAAACACGUGUAAUACGAGAUAAGAAAAACACGAGAAUGCAGUUAUAUACAGGUCAGUGCCAGUACCAUUAAUACAAUGUGCAGGGGUACUGGAGUGAUUGAGGUAGGUAUGAACAUGUAAACAGGGAUAAAAGUGACUAGUAGUAGCAGGAUAAAUACCAAUGGUAAUAAUGAUAAUCAUAAUAAUAGAACAGGGGUAGAAAGUGGCUGGUAGCAGGAUAAUUACUAAUGGUUAUAAUCACAAUAAUCAAUGUAGCAGCAGCGAAUGGUAAUAGUAAUCAUUAUAAUCACUAUGUAUAUAUACUUGUGUACGGCUUAAUGGUUUAUUUUGGUUGUGGUUUGGAAGAAGCAUAAGGUAACAUGAAAUAUGAAGAAAAGACCCCUUGAGGGGAGAAUUUCCAACAUGGCAACUCUAGUCCCUGGCCCCAUCAGCUCUUACUGUUACUAGUGUGAGAGAACCGUGUGACAGAACAAUAAUUGAAACUCUCUCACCUUCUCUCUCACUCCCACGCACACACACACACACACAGGGAAGGGACCUACACUGGCUGGCUUGUGCCAUCUAUGUGGCCUGUAGGACAGCAGUACCAACGGUGGGUAAGGGCACUGCAGAGGGAAACUAUAUCUCCCUGACCCGAAUCCUCCGCUGUUCAGAACAAAGGUACGUACACCCAUACACUUAUCUAAAUGGUCCGGUUUGCCAAACACAGAUUAAGCCAAAUCCUGGACUAGACAGCGUGUUCAAUGGAGAUGACACAAUAAACGUGCCUCUUAAUCCAGGACUAGGCUUAUUCUGUGUCCAGGAAACUGGCACGAAAUGUGUCCCACAUCAUACAUUACAUAAUUUACUGUAGGAUCCAAAUCCUCACCAAAAUUCUUAAUUGACUUUCGUACAUGUCUGUAUGGUAUCUUGGCCAGAUCUUAGAUUCUUGUUCCAGCCUGGUUCUUUGUGCAAUAAAUUAUGUAUUAAUGUUUAAUAAUGCUGAACAAGUGACCACACAUCAACUAAUCAUAUCCAUUAAUUGUAAUAUAUAAUUAAAGCACAGUAGAAUACAGUACUAAUGGUAUUACUCAAACAGUUGUCCUGUUCUCUGAUUCCAGCCUCAUUGAGUUCUUCAACAAGAUAAAGAAAUGGCAGGACAUGGCCAGUCUUCCUCAGGACUUCCGCCAGAGCACGGCGAAGCUGGAGAGAAAUUUCACAGUUUCCGCCGUCAUCUUCAAGAAAUACGUCCCCAUCUUCAAAGCCAUCUUUAAGGCACCCUCUGAUGAGCCGCCCAGAGUCCACAGGAGCCGCAAACAGAGGUGAGUUAGUUGUUGAUACUGUAGAUAACUAUGAACUUCUAAUGCUUUACUAUUUUAUACUGUAGUUUGGCCACUCUUAAACAAAGCCAAGGGGUUUCUUUCCUGGUGCCAGCGUGAUCGCGGAAUAUAUCUGAUCAACGUGGUCAGUCUGUUUGACCAGGCUUAAGCUUUCUGAUUGAAUUUAUGUAUGAACUUAUUCUGAUUUAGACGCCAUCCCUGCACCAUCGCUGAAGUCUUCAACUUCUGCUGGAUUCUGUUUGUCCACGCUAAAGGUGAGUACUUCUGUUUUUGUUCAUUGUAAAAUACAGGAAAAGAGGGGAGGACAAAGGGAAAGGGCUCAGUAGGGUACUUUGAAGGAGAAAAGGCUGGUUUGAUUGUAUUUGAAGUGGUCGCUGCUUGGUUACACACAAAGUCAGUGACAAGGGCUAGGUAUUCUACACUGGGCAUGCCAAGGCCUGCACUGACGUGUUGACAUCAGCAGGAGACAAGCAGCCAAGGCAAGUACUGUAGAUGUGUCCUUUUUAUAUCUUCUUAAUCAUUAAUAAUAACACACGCACAGUCAGAUCCAUCAGUGUGUAUCCGUUAUCUUGGCAACCUAUUGCAUUGGGGCAGGUCAGGACUUGCCUGUGUCACGGCCUGGAUUUAGUGUUUAUAAUAGUUGGCAAUACCACAGAGCAGCCUAUUUAGCUUGGAACCCAAUGAUUGCUACUUUCAGAUAGAUACAUUUGCGGUGGCAUUUUGGAUACGCAAAUCGCAGUGAGCAAAGUCAAUGUUUGAGGCUACCAGCACUACUCUUCAGUCAAUACGAGACCUCUAUCCUUCAGAUGAAUUCCAUUCAACAAGCUUUAUUGGAAUGACCAGAUCGGUUAGGGGGAUUCCAUUGUCUGUUGUGUCAAAGCGUAGUUGGGUCUUUAGAAAAGCGCUAUAAAAUCCUAUGUAUGAUUAUUUCCAUCUCCUACAUUUCUCUGACAUGUCUCUUCUCUCUCUCUCCCUCUGCCAGGAAACUUCCCUUUAAUCAGUGAUGACCUGGUGAACUCGUACCAUCUGCUGCUGUGUGCUCUGGACCUGGUCUUCUCCAAUGCCCUGCUCUGUAACACCAGGAAGGAGCUGCUCAACCCCAACUUCAAAGGUGCACUCCCGGCCCACCCCUAUAUCCCCUUCGUAGGCCUACAUCCCCUUCGUAGGCCUACAUCCCCUUCGUAGGCCUAUAUCCCCUUCGUAGGCCUACAUCCCCUUCGUAGGCCUAUAUCCCCUUCGUAGGCCUAUAUCCCCUUCGUAGGCCUACACCCCCUUCGUAGGCCUACAUCCCCUUCGUAGGCCUACAUCCCCUUCGUAGGCCUACAUCCCCUUCGUAGGCCUACAUCCCCUUCGUAGGCCUACAUCCCCUUCGUAGGCUUACAUCCCCUUCGUAGGCUUACAUCCCCUUCGUAGGCCUAUAUCCCCUUCGUAAGCCUAUAUCCCCUUCGUAGGCCUAUAUCCCCUUCGUAGGCCUACAUCCCCUUCGUAGGCCUACAUCCCCUUCGUAGGCCUAUAUCCCCUUCGUAGGCCUACAUCCCCUUCGUAGGCCUACAUCCCUUUCGUAGGCCUAUAUCCCUUUCGUAGGCCUAUAUCCCUUCCCUGAUGUCUAUAGUCCCUCUCUAACCUCCUAUCUCUCAUAUCUCCCCCUGCACCCCCUACGCCUAUAUUCCCUCCAUAUCUUCCUAUAGAUAACAGCAUUGAUAGUAUCCAGCCAGUAUCCAUGCAUGUGUACGUGUGUGCAUGGAAGCAUACGUGUGUGGUUACUCACAUGAUCAAAUCACAAAUCAAUUGUAUUUGUCACAUGUUUGGUAAACAGCAGGUGGAAUGCUUACUUCCCAACAAUGCAGAGAGAAAAGAAAAAGAAAUAGUAGAAAAGAAAAAAAGACACUAGGAAUAAUGAGUAACAACUUGGCUAUAUACAUGGGUACCAGUACCGAGUCCAUGUGCAGGGCUACGAGGUAAUUGAGGUAGAUAUGUACAUAUAGGUAGGGAUAAAGUGACUAGGAAACGAGAUAGAUAAUAAACAGUAACAACAGCGUAUGUGAUGAGUCAAAAGAGAUUAGUGCAAAACAGGAUCAAUGCAGAUCUUCCGGGUAGCUAUUGGUUAACUAUUUAACUAACUAUUUAGCAGUCUUAUAGCUUGGGGGUAGAAGCUGUUCAGGGUCCUAUUGUUUUCAGACUUGGUGCAUCGGUACCGCUUGCCGUGCGGUAGCAGAGAGAACAGUCUAUGACUUGGGUGGCUGGAGUCUUUGACAAUUUCUAGGGCCUUCCUCUGACACCGCCUGGUGUAGAGGUCCUGGAUGGCAGGGACCUCGGCCCCAGUGAUUUACUGGGCCGUAUGCACUACCCUCCGUAUGUUAAAUCUGUAUGGUACUUUUGUGUAUAGAAAUAUGCAUAGUUACUGAAAUACCUUAUCACACAUCUAAUGCAGGAAGCUGCUUUGUCUCAUCUGAUCCACAGGACUUCCUGAGGACUUUAGCAGUAAGGACUACAAGCCCACUGCAGGGCCUUACUGCUUCAUAGAGCAGCUGUGUGAACUGCAUGAUGGCCUGGUGCUAGAGGCCAAGGGGGUGAAGGAACACUUCUGGAAAGCCUUCAUCAGUAGGCUCUUUCAUAAGAAGGUUAGGCAAACACACACACAUGAAAGUGCACACACACAUGCACACACAUACACAUGCACGCAAACACACGCACAGGCACAUACACAUACACACACACACACCUCAGUACUACUUGUAUGUUUUGCCUCAUGUUGGAUAUUCUGUGUCCUCAACAGAUUCUCAAAGGGAAAGAAGAGAGCUUGACUGGCUUCUUAGAUCCUAUGAAUUUUGGAGACAGUUUGUAAGUUUCAAUCCUAUAAGACUAUAUUGAUAGUCUUUUGAGUGACAUUACUGAUAUAUUUGUGUAUACGUUUGUUUGUGUAGUGCGUCCAUGGGCCGUGUGUAUGAGGAGCAUGUUCUGGCCACUGGAGGUCUGGAUGAGAGGAUCUUCCUGGGAGAGGGGGCCAAUGAAGACAUCGGCACCCCAGGCCCCUGUCUGUGUGAGGGAGUGGAGAACCAGGACGCCUCAGCAUACAGACUCUACAGCAGUCUGACUGUAAGACUCACACACACACACACACACACACACACACACAUACGUUACUUGUGUCUUUGAGUCUGAAUCCAAUCAUAUGGGGCUCCCGAGUGGCGCAGCGGUCUAAGGCACUGCAUCUCAGUGCUUGAGGCGUCACUAUAGACCCCCUGGUUCGAUUCCAGGCUGUAUCACAACCGGCCGUGAUUGGGAGUCCCAUAGGGCAGCGCACAAUUGGCCCAGCGUCGUCCGGGUUUGGCUGGUGUAGGCUGUCAUUGUAAAUAAGAAUUUGUUCUUAACUGACUUGCCUAGUUAAAUAAAGGUUAAAAAAAUAGAUUAAAAUGUACAGUAAUCCCUGUGUUAUGUCUCCUGUGUGUGUCCUGUAGGCCUCAGUCCUAAAGGUGUCCACUCCCCUGACGGGUCGUAAUUAUGUCCAGGACAACAGUCUGGGUACGCCGGUCUCUACUGCCAUGCAGAGUGUUGGUCGACUACACAGCCUGCUCACUGGACUCAAACGCGGCCCCAGUGGAAGACUCACAGACUUACUGAGGUAUUGCACGCCAUACAUAUAAUACAUAUACAAAGUGGCUACAGAUACGGAGUUUCUCUAUCCCAAUUUGCAAAAAUUACAGAUAUUUCUGCGCAUGUGCAGGUUUUCUUUUUUACUUAGCCGAGUGCCCACUCCGCUGCCAGCAUAGCUGCUGUGCUGAGUGCUCCGCUGCCGCUCCCCCCUCCUUCAUCGCCUUUGUCUGGUCGCUGGUGUAGCCUACAAACUUCAUGUUGUACACAAAAUUGUUCUAACUAUUGCGUUCCCUGUCUCUGUAAGCAAAAGCGCCAUUUCAUGUUCUUUUUUCAGGAGGGGAGUAGGCUACAUGCAGCUAUUUACAUGUUUUACACAAAAUACAUUAUCGACAUGUUCGUACAAACUUUGUUGUCAGUAUUACAAACAUAAGCACGACACAAACAGUCAUUCUGGCGAUUUCAUGUUCUUGUUAGCUGCUGAGGUACAUGCAGCUACACUACCGGUCAAAAGUAUUAGAACACCUACUCAUUCAAGGGUUUUUCUUUAUUUGUACUAUUUUCUACAUUGUAGAAUAAUAGUGAAGACAUCAAAACUAUGAAAUAACACAUAUGGAAUCAUGUAGUAACCAAAAAAGUGUUAAACAAAUCAAAAUGUAUUUUAUAUUUAAGAUUCUUCAAAUAGACACCCUUUGCCUUGAUGACAGUCCUCAGCAGUCCAAUCCCUGUACCUUUUGCAGGCCAUCCUCCAAAAGUCUUCGCCUCACUGUGCGUGCAGAUGCACUCACACCUGCCUGCUGCCAUUCCUGAGCAAGCUCUGCACUGGUGGUGCCCCGAUCCCGCAGCUGAAUCAACUUUAGGAGACGGUCCUGGCGCUUGCUGGACUUUCUUGGGCGUCCUGACGCCUUCUUCACAACAAUUGAACCUCUCUCCUUGAAGUUCUUGAUUAUCUGAUAAAUGGUUGAUUUAGGUGCGAUCUUACUAGCAGCAAUAUGCUUGCCUGUGAAGCCCUUUUUGUGCAAAGCAAUGAUGACAGCACGUGUUUCCUUGCAGGUAACCAUGGUUAACAGAGGAAGAACAAUGAUUUCAAGCACCACCCUCCUUUUAAAGCUUUGAGUCUGUUAUUCUAACUCAAUCAGCAUGACAGAGUGAUCUCCAGCCUUGUCCUCGUCAACACUCACCUGUGUUAACGAGAGAAUCACUGACAUGAUGUCAGCUGGUCCUUUUGGAGCAGGGCUGAAAUGCAGUGGAAAUGUUUUUUUGGGAUUAAGUUCAUUUUCAUGGCAAAGAGGGACUUUGCAAUUAAUUGCAAUUCAUCUGAUCACUCUUCAUGACAUUCUGGAGUAUAUGCAAAUUGCCAUCAUCAAAACUGAGGCAGCAGACUUUGUGAAAAUUAGAAUUUGUCAUUCUCAAAACUUUUGACCAGGACUGUAUAUCAGCAUAUAUGGCCUGUGGCAUAACAAUGCGAUGCGAAAUGAACUCGCCCGUCUUUACCAGUCCAGAAACAUGCUCGGCUGCUUAGAAUGUUCGGCUGCCCAGAGGUGGAGCGCAGCAAGACACAGACAUGCAGUCUAAACAACGAUUGAAUGUUCUUUUUUCAUCAUCAUUGCAAACACUGGCUAAGCUGCGCCGGAGGCAGACAGGCAGUCAAGUAGUGUUCUUUUUUCAGGAACUACGAUGUGGCAGCAACUACAAAGAUUAGCCUACAUUAUCACACAAAACACUGAUUGUUUUUGCUACAGAGUGUCGGGGACUGUGUCCUGCUUCUUUAACUCCAAUAUCCGGUACAACAGACAGACGGAGAAGGUUGUAGCCUUCAUAACAUACAUGUUUUGGAAUGUUCGUUAAAAUCGCCGCAGGCUGUUUCAGCUGCUUAGAAAUAUGAGGCAGAGACAUAGGCUACAUCAUCAUGGUUCAGAAGAAGCUGAGUAAAGAGCGAAACGAGAAGGGAGGGGGGAGUGUGAGCAGCAGCUACUUUAUAAAAACCAAUGUGUGUGGGGCCUCCCGAGUGGCAUAGCGGUCUAAGGCACUGCAUCGCACUACAGACCCUAGUUCGAUCCCGGGCUGUAUCACAACCGGCCGUGAUCGGGAGUCCCAUAGGGCGGCGCACAAUUGGCCCAGAGUCGUCCGGGUUAGGGGAGGGUUUGGCCGGGGGGGCUUUACUUGCGAUCUAGCGACGCGUUGUGGCGGGCCGGGGGCUUGCAGAUGGACCUCGUUGUCAGUUGAAUGGUGUUUCCUCUGACACGUUGGUGCGGCUGGCUUCCGGGUUAAGCGUGUGCGUGUUAAGAAGCGCGGUUUGGCGGGUCAUGUUUCGGAGGACGCAUGACUCGACUUUCGCAUCCCGAAACUUGGGAGGAAAAGGGGGUAAAAUACAAAAAAAAUCUGAUAAUAAAAAAUACAAAAUGUGUGCGUACAAUAACACAUGUGCAGAACAUCAUCCGGAUCCAUAGCUUUGAGAAAGAGGUUUCUGGAGGGACGGGCAGGCGUGGGCGAUAACUCUAUACUAGCCACGGCCUAAAGUGGAUUCUAUGCUACACACAACCAAACACAGAAUGUGUUAUCCAGCCCCUGUUAUUGAAUAUUUUAUAUCUUCCAUAGGCCUUACCUUUUUAAAUACCUAUACAUUCUUAUAUUGUUACCUUUGAAGUGUGCAAUUGUCCAUUUUCAUUUCAGGUUGUAGGGAUAUGAGUAUGACCGAUGAAGGGGUGUUUAUAACAGUGACAGUAGCUUUUGUAUGGUUGUGUUUUGGUGUGUGAGUAUGAGUCUGGAGGGUGUUGUUACAGUAAUUAUCUGUGUUGAUCUGUUUCGGGGUAUUAGUAUUGGUGAUGUAACAGCAGUGGUGAUGUAACAGCAGUGGUGUUGUAACAGUAUCUGCAUCUGUGUUGUCUUGUGUCAGGGCGUGUGCCAGAGACCCCAGUGAGGCCAUCUCCACUAGGCUGAAGGACAUGUGUCAGCUCUUCUGCCAGCACUAUGAGGGCAACGGGGAAGAGAACGCAGGACUGGGGAAAUACGUUGCAGUGUACUUCCGCCUGGCGGAGACGCUCUACUAUAAAACCCUGGAGGCCGUCAUUGACCAGGAGAAGAAUAGACUGGGCAAUGUGGAUCUCUCUGUGAGUCUCACCUGCCCUGCUAGCUUAGCUCAGUUUGCUGUAACUAACUAGAAAUUUCACACAAGUUUCCCAUUGAUGUCAAAGCAUGAUUUAUGGAAAGGUCCAAGUUACGCUCUUGUAUUUUCAGUUCACAGAUAUGUUUAAAUUGAGCCAUAUGUUGAGAUAUUGCAUGUUAUGACACAUUUGACACUGUUGUCCCUGCCAGUCUUGCUUGUAAAAUAUGAACAAUCAACCCUGUGUUCUGGUGCGUGUCCUUAGGGUAUUCUGGAGCAGGAUGUGUUCCAGCGCUCUCUGCUGGCCUGCUGUCUGGAGAUUAUCAUCUUUUCCUACCGACCCCCAGGGGACUUCCCACGAGUCAUACACAUCUUCCAGCUCCCCGCAUACCACUUCUACAAGGUACAUACUUGUACUUAUACCUGUAUUAUGUAUUUGUACCGUGUUGUGUGUUGACUGUCCUAGUCACAAGUGUGUGUUAUGAGUGUGUGACUGGACUGUAUGUAACUCUCUCCCCUCUCUCCUGUCUGAGUGCUUCCAUGUGUUUAUGCAUAUAUGUGUGCAUGUAUAUCAUAUACGUAUCUGUGUAAUGCAUCUCAGGUGAUCGAGGUGCUGGUGCGGGUGGAGCAGGGCCUGUUCAGGGAGGUGGUGAAGCAUCUGAACCAGGUGGAGGAGCAGGUUCUGGAGAGCCUGGCCUGGAUGGGGGGAUCCCCUCUGUGGGACAGCGUCAGGGGGGCCAAGAACCAACCACCCUCCUGCCAGGAGGUAGGACAUCCACAGCACCCCUCCCAAUCCCCACCCAACCCCUACUCAUCACAUAUACAGAUAGGAAAAUGGUGCCAAGUCUCACUUCUCACCCACAUGCUGAAUCAUGUGAACCCAAAGGAAUACUGAAUUCAAUGUCUUGAAAAAGAUGGACUGGACUGAAAUGAGUACAAAAUAAUCAUUUUUCCCAUUAAUGUUCAGGUGAUGCCACCCCAGCACCUGGAGGACGGGGAUGGAGGCAGUAGUGCUGGCAGCGCCCCUCUCACCCCAAACAACCAUGGCACUGACCUGAGCGCCAACAGUGGUGGGAAAGGUUAGUCAGUUAGCUUUUUAUUCAGUCAGUUUGUCAUUUAGCUCAUCAGCCGUCAGGCAGUCAAUUUGUCAGUCAGUUGGUUACUCAGUCAAGUUAACCAUGUCACCAACCUUUCCUCUCCCCCCCAGGUGUGUCCCCCUCCCCCACCACCCUGUUGGACCGCUACAGCUGCUCCGCCACAGGCUCGGCCAGGAGACGGCUGUUUGUGGAUGCGUCCUCCGACACCCCCUCUGACCCCUCCCCCUCAACCACUACUACUACCACCCUCAGGACCUCCCAGGCCAUCGUCACCACCACCAUCCCUGCUGGACAGACCGUGGUCACCAUGGCAACGGCCACAGUUACCGCUAACAACGGACAGACGGUCACCAUACCUGUGCAAGGUGACAUUUGCAGAUGAAUUACUGUACAGUUUGUCAUUAUGUUGUUUUGUACACCUUAUGCCCAAACUGCCAAUGACUCCUAUAUGCAUUGUAUAGUGGGGUUUCUGACUCCAAUGCAGUAUGCAGGUUGCUACACUAUGAUGAAUCAUAUACAAUUAUUACAUAUUAUUAAUGAGCAAUAUCAUGCCCUCUGACCUAUUUAGGAAUAGCCAAUGAGAACGGAGGCAUCACCUUCAUCCCUGUCCAGGUCAGUGUGACGGGACAAGGCACGUCCACGCUCCAGCCCCUGUCUGCCCAGUCCCUGACUGGCACUUUGACCAGCCAACCACAGAUCACCACCACCCUGAACAGUCCCACUCCCCAGAGCAGCCACGCCGCCGGCAAGCCAAUCAAGAAGCCGGCAGCACAGGGCCCGUCCAAUAACAGGCCUCAGAAAAAGAGUUCCCUCUCGCUGUUCUUCCGCAAGGUAAAGGAACACAAACACCAUCUUCAUCUGGCACAGAAUUUAAAGGGAUAGUUCAGGCAUGUUACAAAUCUAACUCAUCUUUUGGAUAUGGAAGAAAUUGUUUAGAUGCAUCCUAGUAUUCUGUUUCUGCCCUAGCUUUAAGAACCCCACAACUGCAGUGCAUCAUACUGUAAAUGAUAGAUUUUUGCUUGAGUUUAAAGACUUAAAGCUGCUGUGCUGUGCCAACAGGUGUACCACCUGGCCAGUGUGCGUCUCAGAGACCUGUGUGCCAAGCUGGACAUCUCUAGUGAGCUGCGGAGGAAGAUCUGGACGUGUUUUGAGUACUCUCUGGUACACUGCACAGAGCUCAUGAUGGACCGACACCUAGACCAGCUCCUCAUGUGUGCUGUGUACUUCAUGACCAAGGUAUGUUAGAGUGUGUGUGUGGGAUGUUUGUGUGGGGUGGCGGUGGUAUGGGUGUGCGUGUGCGUAAAGUACUGUAGCAUGCAGUGUGUAUCAUGCUGUGUGUGUGUCCUCUUCCUAAAGACUUGUAUGUGUGUUUCCUACCGUUGUUAAGGUGACCAAAGAGGACAAGUCCUUCCAGAACAUCAUGAAGUGUUACCGCUCUCAGCCCCAGGCCAGCAGCAGUGUGAGUACUGUAGUAGGGCCUUAUGGCUAUGGUCAGGAGAUUUUCCUGACCUGACCAGUAAUAACUCCAGGCCCUAGUUUGAGCCUAUUGUACUGUGGCAGCGUCACUGUUUUUCCCUUAUGGACACUGGAGUAUGUUCAGUUGGAAGGAAUAAUGGCGAUGCUGUCAUUGGACCACCGGUUGUCUGAUUUUGUUUACCAGGUCUACAGGAGUGUGUUGAUCUCUGGGAGGAAGAGACGUCACUCAGGAAGCAGUGAGGGAAAUGGACAGAGCUCUCCUACAGACACCAGCCAUGAGGGUAGGAACACACACACACACACACACACACACACACACACACACACACACACACACACACACACACACACACAAACACACAAUAUUUUCCAUCUCCCUUUCUCUCUACCCCCCUUAGGAAGUGGAGACAGCAGCCCCGUACCCAUGCGUUCCACCAACACCCUACCCGCCCCUCAGCCUGGCAGCACCCCAUCCACCCCCACCCUGGCCCCCUUCCUCUCCCCGUCCUCAUCCCUCCCUCCCUACCAGCAGCAGGAUGAUGAAGGGGGAGUGGUAGGGGGGGAGGAGGAGGAGGAGGAGCGAGGAGACCUCAUCAACUUCUACAACCGGGUCUACAUCAAACAGAUGCGCCACUAUGCCCUGCGCUACUCGCCCAGCUCACCCUCUGCAGGGGUGAGAGAGAGAGAGGGAGGGAGGGAGGGAGGAAAUCUGAGUAAUGAGAGAUAAAAUAAAGGGAGAGAUGGAAAAGGAGGAGGAGAAAGUUGUUUUUCAAACUUGCCUCUAUUCUGCAAACCUUUCACUCUUUUGUUUUGGAAGCUAACUCUGCUGCGUGUUUAUCCUUGACAGCUGGAGUCUCCUCCCCUGUGCCCGUACCCCUCCCUGAGGAACAGCUCCCCUCGCAGGGUCCUCCUGUCCCACAACCACUCCAUCUACAUCUCCCCCCAUAAGGCUAGUGGCAGCCCCCCCACCGCUACCGCACCGGACAAGAUAUUCUACUACAUCUGCAGCAGCCCAGCCAACGUGAGUCACAAGUACACACACAUCAUACAUUACUCAUGCACACAAUGUACACUGGUUCACACUGGUUCAGCACAGUAUUUUUCAAACCCUGACAGUGACUAAUUGAUUAGGUGAAUCAGUUGUGUUAAUGCUGGGGUAGAACAAAGGCCUACACACCCUAUAGUGGAGCUUCAGGACCAGGUUUUGAUGACGUCUCGUACUAGUGUCCUUAAUCUAAAAACCCUAACCGUGUUUAGAACCUUACCUGACCUGUGAUGAUAAUGAUGAUGAACCCUCCCUGACCUGUGUCUAUGACCUUUAUCUCUUAAUGUGCAGCGCCUGGCGGAGAUCAACAGUAUGAUCCGCACCGGAGAGACGCCCACCAAGAAGCGCAGCAUGCAGCUGGAGGAGGAGCCAUCCCCCAAGAGGGUGUGUCCGGACAACCAGACAGCCCUCUUCCGCAGGCUACAAGACGUGGCAAACGACCGUAGCUCCUCCCACUAA